AUGGCAACUAACAUUCACUUCCACCCUUCGCCCUUGACCCCUUCUAUCCGGGCAGGGCUUCUCAAGCAAACCGGUCUGACGAUCUGGCUGACCGGUCUCUCCGCCUCGGGAAAGUCCACCAUUGCCGUCGCGCUGGAACAGGCCCUCAUCCGCAAGCCAUACAACAAAAACGCCUACCGUCUCGACGGGGACAACAUCCGCUUCGGCCUCAACAAGGACCUGGGGUUUUCCCCGAAAGACCGCGAGGAGAACAUUCGCCGCAUCGCCGAGGUCGCCAAGCUCUUUGCAGACUCGUGCACCAUCGCCAUCACCAGCUUCAUCUCUCCUUACCGCGCGGACCGCGAGCUCGCCCGCAAGCUGCACGAGGCCGAACGUCCCGGCGGCGAGUCCGGCUUGCCCUUUGUGGAGGUGUGGAUCGACGUCCCCGUCGAAGUCGCCGAGCAGCGUGACCCCAAGGGCCUGUACAAGAAGGCGCGCGAGGGCAAGAUCCCCGAGUUUACGGGCGUCACGGCCCCCUACGAGGAGCCCCUGAAACCCGAGGUGCAUAUCCGAAGCGACAAGACCUCGGUCGAGGACAGCGUCAAGAUCAUCAUCAAGUACCUCGAGGACAACGGCUAUUUGAGCACCCCACCCGCCGUCGAUGACGAUGAGUAG